ACCAUCGUCUUCUACACUGCCUCUCUUCUCUUUUCUCUCUCUUGUUAGUUCACUCCACAUAAUAAACACCAAAAAAAAAAAAAAAUUCUUGAAUUAGGCUUGUUUCUUGAUUGAGUUAUUGGGUUCUUGAAUCGGGCUGUCUUCUCUUGUUUACUAUAUUUAGUGUUAAUAAUCAUGAUGAGUCAAGAUCAUGUUGGUAGUGACCAGACGCAAAUCAUAAAGGGUAAGCGUACGAAGCGACAGAGAUCAUCGUCGUCGACCUUUUUGGUGGCGGCCGCGGCGGCUACCACCAACACCUCUUCAAACUCAUCAGCCGGGGAUGGCGGCGGAGGGAGAGCAGUUUCCGAUGAAUACAACUCGGCGGUUUCGUCUCCAGUGACCACAACUGAUUGUACCGAAGAAGAGGAAGACAUGGCGAUUUGUCUCAUCAUGCUUGCGCGCGGAGCGGCUCUUUCGCCAGAUCUCAAGAAUUCGAGAAAAGCUGAUAAAACUCUUUCGUCGGCAGAGAAUUCGAGUUUCUUUGUCUACGAGUGUAAAACAUGUAGCCGGACGUUCUCGUCGUUCCAAGCUCUCGGUGGACACAGGGCGAGCCACAAGAAACCUAGAGUGUCGAUAGAGGAAAAGACUAAACUACCCCUGAUGCAGGCCAAGUCUAGUGGGUCAGAGGAAGGGCAAAAAUAUAAUUUCAAAGUGUUUGGUUCAUCCCUAGCUUCGCUGUCAAGUAACAUCAUCAUCAGCAAGGCAAACAAAGUACACGAGUGUUCGAUCUGCGGUUCAGAGUUCACUUCGGGACAAGCCCUCGGCGGCCACAUGAGGCGGCACAGGACAGCCACCACUGCGGUAAUACCGGUCGCUACCACGGAAGUUAGCAGAAACAGUACAGAAGAGGAGACUGAGAAUUUGAGCUCUUACAUUGAGCAGAGGAAAUAUUUACCGCUGGAUCUUAAUCUACCGGCACCAGAAGAUGAUCUAAGAGAGUCCAAGUUUCAAGGGAUUGUGUUCUCAACCACACCAGCGUUAAUAGAUUGUCAUUACUAGUUGUUUGUAGUUGAAUGUUUAGUUACAUGAUAAUAUAUUUGUGAAUUCUUCUUCUAUUACUAUAUUGUUGAACUGGAAUUAUUUCCAAAAAUUUAAUCAAAGUAUCAGUUGUUUUUUUUUAA